AUGACUUCGUUUGUGAAACCACGUGUUGUAGCAAAGAUGGUGUUGGGCAGAGAGCAAUAUGAAGGAAAUGGAGCCAUUGUCAGAUCGGAGUUGAAGUUUUUGGAUUCAUUUAUGUUAUUGGAUGAGUUAUCAGCAAGUGCUCAUGCUGGAUUUCCAGACCAUUCUCAUAGAUGUUUCGAGACUGUGACAUACAUGCUGGAGGGAGCCUUCACCCAUGAGGAUUUUGUAGGACAUAAGGGUACCAUCAAGGUUGGCGAUCUACAGUGGAUGACUGCAGGUCAGGGUAUAGUCCACUCUGAAAUGCCAGCUGGAGCAGGAGUGCAACAUGGUUUACAGUUGUGGGUAAAUCUUUCUUCCAAAGACAAGAUGAUUGAUCUCAGAUAUCAAGAACAUCAAGAGAAUGACAUACCCAAAGUUGAGAAAGAUGGAGUGAAGGCGACUGUUAUAACGGGAGAAGCUUUGGGCAUCGAAUCUCCUGUCUAUACAAGGACUCCUACAAUGUAUUUGGAUUUCAAAAUGGAGGCACAAGCGGUGCUUCACCAGCCAAUUCCAGAGGGUUGGAAUGCAUUUGGGUAUGUGUUAGAGGGUGAGGCUAGCUUCGGUACUCCGAAUUCACCUCCUGUGGGAGCUCAUCAUACGCUUCUAUUGAGCAGUGGUAAUGGGGUGAGUGUGUGGAAUAACAAGCCCUGCAGAUUCGUAGUAAUUGGAGGGCAACCCCUAAAUGAGCCAGUGGUACAACAUGGACCCUUCGUGAUGAACACCAGACAAGAGAUAGUGCAAACAAUUCAAGAUUAUCAUUUGGGUAGAAAUGGAUUUGAGAGAGCCAAUGUAUGGCAUUCCCAAAUUUCCCAAACCUGA